UAUCUCAUCCAUGUAUCUGUCAUUUGUCAAGUAAAAUUUGCCUCGUGCCAAAAUGGCUAAGAAAAAAAUAGAAGACAAAAGUGAUGAAAGCACUAAAAAUGAUAGUGAUGUAUCCAGCAAUAAUGACGAACCCAAUUUUAGCGACCCAGAAUGGAUGGUGGACGACAUUUCUGAUUCAGAACUCUUAGGGGACAUACUAAAGGAUAAACCAAAGGAAACCGAUGGUUAUGAAAGCGUAAUAGUGGUCGAUGGCGUUCCGCAAGUUGGGCCUGAUAGACUAGAUAAACUUAAAUCAGUUAUCAAUAAAUUGUUUAAUAAGUUUGGUAACAUUGUAAAUGAGUAUUAUCCGGUAACCCCAGAGGGAACCACAAAGGGCUACAUCUUUCUAGAAUAUUCAGUUCCUGAACAUGCAGCAGAAGCGGUUAAUCUUACCAAUUUUAAAUUAGACAAACAACACACUUUUCAGGUUAAUUUGUUUACUGAUUUUGCUAAAUAUGAGCAAAUUCCUGAUAAAUGGGAUCCCCCACAACCCAAGCCUUAUGAAGGUCAAGCAGAUCUGCACUACUAUCUACUUGAACCUGAUGCAUUUGACCAAUUUGCCGUUGUUACAGCUCAAAGUGCGAAUGUUCAAAUUUAUCAAAACACCCAGCCCGAUCCUACAAUUGUUGAAGAAAGAAACGGUUGGAGUAUAACAUAUGUUAAGUGGUCACCUCUGGGAACUUAUUUGUGUACUUUUCAUAAACCAGGUAUUGCUUUAUGGGCCGGACCCAAUUUUACUCAGUACCGAAAAUUUGCGCAUUUCCAUGCACAAUUCAUUGAUUUUUCACCAUGUGAAAAAUAUGUUGUGUCCUAUGCUCCCCAAGGGGAUCCACAAAAACCUGAUCAGAAAAAGAUCAUUAUAUGGGACAUCAGGACAGGAUUGGAAAAACGUUCUUUCAAUCCAGAUGGCCAACCUGCUUGGCCAAUUUUUCGUUGGUCACAUGAUGACAAAUACUUUGCAAGAAUAGGAAAUGACGUAUUAUCUAUCUAUGAGACUCCUUCCUUUGGUCUUCUGGAUAAGAAAUCCAUUAAAAUUAGUGGCAUCAGAGAUUUUAAUUGGUCACCAACAGAUAACAUUGUUGCGUAUUGGGUUGCUGAGGAUAAAGACGUCCCAGCAAGCGUCACUUUACUGGAAAUACCAAACAGGAAUGAGAUUAGGAAAAAAAAUUUAUUCAACGUUGCUGAUUGUAGGAUUCAUUGGCAGAAGUCUGGUGAUUAUCUGUGUGUGAAAGUGGACCGAUAUUCAAAAGUUAGGAAGGAAAAGAAUGAGAUGAAAUACUCUGGAAUGUACAGCAACUUUGAAAUUUUCCACUUGAGAGAAAAACAAAUACCAGUGGAUAAUGUAGAGUGCAAAGAACCUGUCCAGGCAUUUGCUUGGGAACCUGUUGGCUCAAAAUUUGCCAUGAUACAUGGAGAACUGCCCAACAUCAAUGUCAGUUUUUAUGAAGUGAGAAUUGGCCAAGCUCCAAUACUUCUUAAGAAAUUUGAGAAGAGAACGUGUAACCACUUGUUUUGGUCACCAGGCGGUCAAUUUAUUGUGUUGGCAGGACUAGGUAGCUCAGGUGGCAGUACACUAGAAUUUGUUGACACUCAUGAGUUCCUGAUUAUGAACUCCACGGACCACUAUCAAUUGUCAGAUGUUGAAUGGGAUCCCACCGGAAGAUAUGUUAUAACCGGAGUGUCGUUUUGGAAAACAAAAGUCGAUACAGGUUACUGGAUGUGGUCCUUCCAAGGUAAAAUUCUAAAAAGAGUAAACUUGGAACGCUUCGGCCAAGCGCUGUGGCGACCAAGACCUCCAACAUUGUUAACAGAGAAGCAGCAGAAGGAAAUCAAGAAGAAUCUUAAAAAGUAUUACGCACAAUUUGAGAGCAAAGACAGGAUGCGACAGUCAAAAGCGUCGAAGGAGUUAAUUGAGAAACGAGCGGCCCUUAUGCAGAAGUUUAACAGCUAUCGGGAGGAGAAACACAAGGAAUGGAAGGAAAGGAAAGCCAGAAGACUGGCGUUAAGAAACAACAUUGACACUGAUGAAUUAGGAGCAGAUACUGAUAAUGUUGGAGAGGAAGUUGUUGAAUUCUUUAUCAAAGAAGAAAUCAUACCAAUUGAUUAGUGAAAGUGUUUAUUUAACGGAGGUUGGCCCUGUACCUAGACUACAGGGCUAUCGGAGCAGCUUCCAGCAAGAAAACAUUUUUAGGGAGUACCUUGAAUCGCCUUGGAAUAUUUUUAAUUCAUUUAAGCAGAAUUCACUUUUAUAAUCACCAUUUUCUGGAGUUAUUUAAUAAAAGUAACUUUUUAUUAUC